CGCCCGCCAGAAAUAUUUUUAUUAAUACAGUGAUGAACCGUCUGUGCUAUAGAAGUGUUGUCGUUAUCUUUCAACAAAUAAAUAUUUUUAAUUUUUAAACGACACAUAAUUUUGUGAUCUCGUAAGCAUUCAACUGUCGCAUCAGUGCAUAAUUAAUAUUGUGUAUCGUGUUGCUGCUGUUUCGAUAAAUUACAACCAUCUUCUGGAGAUGACUCUGCGACAAGAGUCUCCGCCACCGCUGGCAUCGCCUAUGCUACACGAUGCAGUCCACGGGGACAGUUCGCCGCCCCUUGCUGAUGAACAUUUUGAAGAUGAAUUCGAAGACGCAACAGACGAAUUACCAGAAGACACUACCCCUGACUUGCACACAGCUUUCAAUGACUGUGAGGUGGCGAUACGUAAAUUCUUUAAUAACGACUUGACUGGUGCCAUGACCAUUAUGAAGCCAUGGCAACGCGCCUCUGUGUACCACAGCCUUGGUGCCGCUAUAUUCGAGUUUAUUCCUGCUAUGCUGACAUUCGACUCAACACAGAUCAACAACGCCUUAGCCGCACUCAAAAUAGCGAUUGCCAUCUGCCACGAGCAAAGGAAGAACUACACCUUUGUAGAAAGCAUCGGCACCAUAAUUAAAAAGCCUAAUUACGCAACAUACACCGACAUGGAAGCUCACGCUGAACUAUGUUACGCAGAAACAUUAAUGCUCCAGGCAGCCAUGACUAUAAUGGAAGGAGAAGAUCUUACAGGAUUUAUCAAAGGAACCAUCAAGAUCAAAAAUUGUUACAACAGCUAUCGGGAAUGCUCUAAGAUAUUGGAAAAGAAGCAAUGGGAGACGGAGGAAUCGAAGAUCCAGUUCCAAAGUGGUGUGCGGCUGGGAGUCGCUACGUUUAACGUGAUGAUCUCUUUGCUGCCACCAAAAAUAAUAAGCGUGUUAGAGUUCGUGGGCUUCUCUGGGAAUAAGAGUGUUGGACUUGCUGAGCUCGAGGCGGGCUCGCGCGCCCCGGGAAUGCGGUCGGUGUUAUGCGACCUGACGCUGCUGGGGUACCACCUCGUGAUUUGUCAUUUCAUUGGCGCCAUCGGGGAUCUGCCCGUCUGCGAGCGAAUACUACACAAACAGUUAAAGGUCUUCCCGGAGAGCGUUUGGUUCCUCAUGUUCAAAGGUCGUAUCGAGUUGAUACGCGGACAAUUCGAUACUGCGAUUGAUACUUACAAUCGCGCGGUCACUAGUCAAAGGGAUUGGAGACAAUUCCACCACGUAUGCUUCUGGGAGAUAAUGUGGGUGAACAGUUUGAAGAUGGAUUGGCGCGAGUCUGCACUGUACGCGACCAGGCUGUUAGAAGAGAGUACUUGGUCUAGGACUAUAUACUCAUACUCAAAGGCAGCCAUGUUGCUGCAAUUAGAUGACAUCACCGUUGCCGAGAAGAAGCAGUGUUCUGAACUGAUGCGGUCCGCGAGUUACUACAAACAACGUAUCGCGGGCAAGUCCCUGCCGAUGGAGAAGUUUGUAAUAAAGCGAGGUGCGCGCUACCAGGCGCAAGGCGGCCGCCUUCUACUGCCUGCCAUCGAGCUCCUCUGUCUCUGGAACAUGUUCCAGAUACUCGCCAAGAACGAGAGAGAUGCACAGAACGUCCUCAAGUUAAUAGAGGCUACUAUCGAGCGCGUUGAGAACGAGAGUCGCGAGUGGAUGGCUGGCUAUGAAGCGGACAACCGUGCAUUACUGCGGUUCCUGAAGGGUAGUUGCCUGGCCGCCAUGAACCUGCCACGCCUAGCUCUCGACACCUUCGACGCAGUCUUCCACUUCAAGAAUGACCUAAAAGAAGAUACAUUCUUGCUCCCUUACACGUUGUCUGAGAUGGCGAUGUGCCACUAUCAGCUCGGAGACAGAGACCGCGCCCUACAAAUGUUACAGGAAACCAGGAAGAAGUACUCGGGGUAUUCGUUGGAAUCUCGCCUACAUUUCCGUCUGCAUUCGAAACUAGAUUAUAUAAAGAAUGGCAGCCAUGGAGCUAGUACGAGCCGGAGUGGAAGUUCUUCCUAAAUCACCCAGGAUGGGAUCUCUCAUAUGUUCUUGUAGCAUAACUACUGCUUUCUCAUAAAACCACAUGAAUCUCUUGCAUCCGUCUACAACUUCUUAUUUACCAACAUUCUGCUUGCAUAUACAAAUAAAUGUUGUAUGUAAUACAAUCCAUUUAAUAUUAUAUUAAGUAAUUUAUAUCAUAGAAUGCAUAUGCGUACUAAAUCUGCAUAAUAUGCAUAGAAUUCUAUUGUUUUUGAUGGUUUUUGUAUAAAUUGUAAAUUAUUUUCUCAUUUAUAUUAAUUACUUUGUCUUCUCGACGUAUAUUGUAUAUGAUAUGUUUAUUUACUAAGUAUACAUUUUAAGGACAAACCGGUCGAAUUAUACCCUAUACAAUAUAGUAGAAAGCAUUUAGAUAGUAGUCAAUUACUUCCAUAAGUCUAGUCUCAAAGUACAAGCUUAAAUAACAAUUGUAUGGAAACUUUUUGCAUAUCAAGGACAAAACUCAACAAUGGCUGCAGUGAGAAAAAUCUCAUUUAUUAAUUAAGUUAAUUAAUCACCUUGUGAUAAAAACGGAUCUGAUUUUUUUUACUAUCAAAUAACUCUUUAGGUGAUUAAAAUUUUUACAUGUAUAAAUUAACGAAAUCUCUAAGAGUAGAAAUAAAAUCGAGGAUUUACCAAGAAUUUAUGAUUUCUCUUCAGUAAUCAAUGACAUCUGUAUAAAGGAAACUUAUUUACAUUUUAAAAAUGUCGUAAAAUUGCAAGAUAAUUGUGUUAUGUCAUAAGUGGUCCAAUUUAAUUGGCCACACGAAGACAAUCUGAAUAGUCAUUCAUAUUUGUAUAGUAGUAGGUUUACAAAAAUCUCUUACUUUUGUUACUUAUUCAUGUUGUAUUUUAUUGUUUUAUUAUUAUUUUUUGUUAUAAUUUAUUGACUGCAUCGUUUGUCGCGUUUACACGCCUCGAUCGGUGAUGAAUUUUUUUUUAUAUUGAGUAGUAAAAUAUUCCACUACUUACUUUGUAAUUAUACGUAACUGACAUAAGAUAUUGUAUUGUAUCCGCGUCUUUAUAACAAUCAUGUUGUGUAAUCGUUGGCAGCUAGCUAAUUUGCGUAGGUAAAGGUAGAAGCAACUAAGUAUUCUUUUUAUUUUUCUCAAAAUAUCUUCUUAUCUCCAAAGAUUUCAUCUCAUGUCACAACUCCAAAUAAAAUAUGCUCUCUAUUACAUAUGUAGUGAUAAUUAUUUUGAAUAGUACAAUGGUGUAUGUUAAACACAAUCUCGUAGUAAUCUCGACCUCUUCACAAGGAAGAUCCCGAACAAUAUGUUAUUAUUUGACAUCAGUCUGGCUUUAAAAAAAGUACAAUGAGAUGAUUACAAUUUACAUAUAUUAAAUAAUAUUACAGCUAAAAUAUUUUCUAUUGGUGUAGCUAAACAAUGUUGUUCUCACAUUCAUGUGCACAAUUCAUGUCUUAUAUAGUUUUCCAUGGUAAAAGUAUGUGACGAUGUGACAAAUAAUGUCCAAACAGCCAGUUUUUAGGAACAAUUUAUAUAAAUUUUUGUAUGGGCUGUGAACGACAUUCAUGCAAACUUGUACUAUAAAUAACCAGGAGAUACAAUGGAGGUACAAAUACUCCUUUAUCAUGAUAUGCAUCACUGAUAGGUAUGUCACGUUUAGUUGUGUGCCAGGUCAUGCAUAGGUGAGGAUUGCGUUAUGAAUAUUUUUGCGCUGUAUUUUUGUUGUUUAUUAAUGUUUUUUGUUUAAUUAAUGGUGUGAUAAUAUUGAAGAGGUGAUAGUAAAUAAGUAUUACAAUUUAAUUAUGUAUUUAGGGUAUAUAUUUUUUAUAUAAAGAACUAUGCAAAUAUCUUAAACUCAUGAAGUCUUCAUGCUUCUUGUUACCACGAAGUGUGAAUCGUGCUGGUACGGUAAAAUAUUGACUUGUAGUUCUUGUCUUAUAUGAUGACAAAUUGUAGCAAAGACAUGCUCAAUCUCAUGUCUUAAUCCACUGUAAUAAUUAUACUUAAUAAGUAAUCACGUAUGUAAUCAGUUAGACAUACCUAACCUGACUAUAUCUACAAUUUCCUUGUAACUUUAUGUAUGUAACCAAUGUAGUAU